GCUGUAACUGCGGCCAAAAACAAAAGCGACGUUUUAAUACCACAACGCUCCCCCACAAUCAUGCACGGCGAUGUAUUCCAGCCAGUACCAGAGGUGAAACUGAAGUUCUUUAAACCCUGAGUUUGUGCACUAUUAUGCUUCAAAACGAGUGCUAAAAUAUCCGCCAUAUCGUGCUAUUUUAAGAAAAAUGUCGUCCACAUAUUUCUCAUACGCGUCAUUUCACUGACAGUGAACACAUCUAACCGAAAUGAUAGUUUCCCGCGAGGAAAUUAUAGUUUGGUAUUCUAUGGUAGAACCCAUGCUCUACUUCCUGGAAGGUACGACUAUCAACUUCCGGUAAGGUCAAGUCUCUUACCACAACAACAGACAGCUGUUGUCAAGAUGGCGGACGCUUAUGGCGAAGAGGCGAGUACCCUGGACAGUGGGGAAGCCGGAGAACAGAUCUCUGCAAUACUGAGGCGGUGCAGAGGUCGACCUCGGCUCACAGAUACCGAUCGGGCGAAGAGGCGACUGGAGUCGCGGAAAAAGUAUGACGUUAGGCGCGUGUACCUCGGAGAAUCGCACAAGGUCUGGAGCGAACUGAGGCGGCGGACCAGCUUGAGUGACGCUGGACUCGCUGAGUACUUAAUCUUGUUGCAUUCAACGUACGGGGAGAGGUAUCCACAAAAAUACAGUGGGAAGAGACCUACAGCAGAACUGUCGAUCAAACAAAAAAACGAAAAGAUUGAGGAGAUGAGCAGCCUCCGCGGCCUUGUGCAGUGGUACCAGGAGCACGCCCGCUCCUGUCCGCACGAACCGCAGCUGCGGGCUCUGGAGCCGCCGCUCGGCAUUGUCGCUUCUGCCGUCUGGCGGUGUCCGGCGGGCCAUUCCUUCCUGCAGCGCUUGUGCUCACCAGCAGCGGGCGCCAGCGAGUCCGAGACCGAGGCGGAGGCCGAGGAAAGUGGCCGCACGCCCGCGCAGACGCGAGGCCUCAGGACUCGGGCAAGAAGGAAGAGGAGAGCGGCGGCAGCCGCUGCUUCCUGUCAGUUUACAGACGCCGGGGAGGAGUCGGAGGAGGCCGGCCAGCGGGACGUGGCGGUAACCCUGAACCACGUGGGACAGGCGACCGUCCCAAAGCAGCUCCCAGGCCCCGUGUCCCGGACAGACACCCCGUCCGCCGAGCUCUCCAUGGGGGAGCCGUCCAUCUGGGAGAUGGAGGUGGUGAUGGAGGGGGACAAGGGCUUGGAGCAGGAGUCGGAAAACGAGGGGUCGUGCCGAGGCGUCGCCAUGGAGAAUGACAACGCGACGGAGGACGAGAAGGGGGGCGGGGACGCGCUGGGGGGCUGUGGGGUCCGGGGCGGGGGGGCGGCGGAGGGCCCCGAGGGGUACGAGUGCGUGGUGGUGACGGCGGCCAUGGCGGAUCGGCUGGAGAACGGGGACGCGGGCGUGCUGAGGAACCACGUCGCCAACGGCAACCAUCAGCCCCACCCUCCGCAAGCCCCGCCCACCGUGCAGGUGACGGGCCAGGGGGAUCUGUUCGAACCCCAGACCCUGCAGACGGUGGUGGCCAGCUGCCAGAUCCCAGAUGGAAGGGGGGCUUUAGAGGGAUCUCAGCAGGUCAUCAUCAUCACUGGCCCUGGGUACGAGGCCCUGGCAUCGGAGGGCAUCCAGCUGAACAUGGGGGGCGGGGGCGGGGACGAAGUCACCUGCACCUUUAUUGAGGGCGUGGCCUACAAUCAGGUGUGCCAGCCGGAGGCCGCGCUCAAAGCAGCCGUGCCCGACUCGGGCGCCAUGCGGGACCUGGGUAACAAGCAGCUGCUGCAGCCCAGCGUGGGGCCCCUGCGAGCGGAGGCCCCCCCGGAGAGAGAGAGCCAGCGGGCCCUGGGCCGGUCCAGGCGGAGCAGGAGGGGGCCCGUCGUCGAGGCUGACGGGAUGCUGAAGAUGUUCCACUGUCCGUACGAGGGCUGCAGCCAGGUGUACGUGGCCAUCAGCAGUUUUCAGAAUCACGUCAAUCUGGUCCACAGGAAGGGCAGGACUAAGGUGUGCCCUCAUCCUGGCUGCGGAAAGAAGUUCUACCUCUCCAACCACCUGCAUCGCCACAUGAUCAUCCACUCAGGUGUGCGGGACUUUAUCUGUGAGACGUGCGGGAAGUCGUUCAAACGGAAGAAUCACCUGGAGGUUCACCGGCGAACGCACACGGGAGAGACGCCCCUGCAGUGUGAGAUAUGCGGGUACCAGUGCCGCCAGCGGGCAUCGCUCAACUGGCACAUGAAGAAGCACACGACGGAGGCCCAGUACAACUUCACCUGCGAGCACUGCGGCAAGAGGUUCGAGAAGCUGGACAGCGUCAAAUUCCACAAGCUCAAGAGCCACCCGGACAAGCAGGCCACCUGAGGGGUGGGUGGGCCAGGCGGGGGUGGGGCCGGGGGGCAGGGGGCAGGAGCCAAGGGGACUGUGUGCCGGAGGGAGUGGCGAAAGUAACGAGGGAAUAGCAAAGGAAUAAAGGGAGGAGAGAGGAUGACACGGAUCAAAUGGGAUUAAGACCGAACUCAUCGCCAGUGGUGCACGGAGGAGACCGGUGUUAAACCCGCCGCCGCUGGUGAGAAGCCAAUGAAAGUGGACCCCUUUCUGCUUUCUAACCCUGUCCCAGGACGAGCCAAGAUGAACACUGAACUGGGAACUGCCAACAUCAACCCCGAAAGAGGGUCUCCUUUGUGUGCGCCCAUUUUUCCAUGAACUGCACUGUACCGUUCCUCUCCUAAAAAAAAAUUCCCGAACCCUUUUGAAAGAAAGGGUACACUUCUCAGUUUGUCGUUGUUUUGGUGAUAAAUAUAAAUGAGUCGUCGUUUCUGACGAGUUCAAGAGCAAUACCUGAAACGUGCCCGGGAAUGGGAGGCUUUUUUUUGUAGCCUGGAUGAGUACCGCAUCAGCUGCUUCUGCCGCCGGCUGCUGCGCCGAUCGGCCCGGCUCCUGAGCAGCCUCAAAGCGCCGUCGCUUCAGCGGCAGAACCUGUGCGUGUAUCGCUUCGCAAGGGGAAGAAAAUGGCCGGCUGCUCAGUUUUGAAAACGUCAAGCGGCUAGUCUGCGGUCCCCCCGAUUUGAGAGAAUGUUGCUGUGAUUUGACUGGCGCACAGUUGUCGUUUUAAAAAAAAAAAAAAAUCGAUCGGGGCGAGCGAUUAUUCAUGAAAUUUAAAAAAGCUAAAUAUUUACGGUUCGGGUCAAAUGUCAAAUAAUGGUCGCUUGAUUUUUUUUUUGUUUUUUUUUUGUUUGUUUUCCGUUUCGUUGCCAUAGCAACUGUUGUGGGCCGUAACCUUUCUGGUUCAUGUUUAUAGUCCGAGCGCACAAGCGAGCGUAUUCGGCUGGUGACAUUUCACUAGCAAAUGAGCGCAUAUUUGCACAUGUCAGAGAAAAACAAACCACGAAUGGGAAACGGAGCGCCUACGGAAGUACGGCUGGUGCCGUGGCCGGUGCCGGAGCCGUGGCUGGAGGCGGGGCUAGCGAUAUGUUUUCUAAAUUUCUGUGUAGGCUACAGAGUUCGGGGGGAUGAGACAUCUGCAGGUGCAUUAUUGGAGCAAAAUCAUGAACCUUUGUUUUCAACGAACUCUUUAAUUUUAUCUGAGAUUAUCGCCCCUGCAGUUAUCGUAAUCGUGCGGUUAAAACGGCGCACUUGCAGAAACAAGAUUGUAGCCUACUCGGUCCUAUCACUCCACACGCGUUGCCCUAAUGUGUGCUGUUGGACAAAGGACGUGCUCCAAGUCUUCGGGAGAGGAACACUUUAAUCUCAGGAAACACGAAUCAAUUAAAAACACGUUUUGUAUUGUAGACCUUUGUGCGUUUGAGCACAGUAAACGAUUCAGUGACGUUUCAUACAACCUAUUUGUGAAUACAUUUUUUGGGGGAAAAAAUUGUGUAGGAAUAGCACUAAUGGAAUGUCAUGGGAAUGUCAUUUCCGUUGUUUCAUGUACCAUAGAUAAUUAUAAAUGUACAAAUAUGUGAAUAUGAAAUGGAUUCUGUACAUAAUGCUCAAUAUUAAAAAAAGUGAAACAUGUACAAUAUAAAAGAAUGUAAAUAUGUGA